UCAAGUACCAACCCCUCAUCGUACCACAGCCAAGCAGUUAGAUGUACUCUCUUUGGCGCACAAAAAUGCCAGGUUACGAGAAAGACGAAAGACAAAACAUCCCCAGCUUUUGGAUGCAGAGCGACAGCUCAAAGAGCGGUCUUUUAAACUGGCAACCACAUCAGCCGAAGUUGAGCAAUGCCAAAAGAUUGCAAGAGAGACAAGAGACAUUCUGCACGGUUUUUACCAUUCUCCCCGAGCCCACCGUGACACAUGGCCCAAGAAUUAGCGACAAAGCGCGCCUACCGACAAGUUGCAGCCAAAGAAAGGGCGGCUAUAAGGCAUGCUUCAGGUUCACGAUGGUCGUUGGUCAUCAUGAUGAUCGGAACGCAGGGGACUGGGGUGGGCAGUCGUAUUAAAGGCCACGCCAGGCGCGUGGGGAUGACGAACGAGUUUCGUAGUUCACAAACGUGCAUGGGCUGUUUCGGUCUGGUCAUCCGACCAAAGAGGAAAGCCGUUGGAGCAAGUUCGAAAAUACGCUCAGUCCACGGAUCGUCUUUGUGUAUGAAUAUCGAUUGUCCGUUAUAUCGAACAGGACGAGCUACACAAAACCGGGACACUCAAGCAGCAAUGUGCAUCGCUCUUGCUGGUGCAAGCUUCUUGCUCGACGGGAUGACAUUGCACCCAUUUUCAAAAAAUCAGCCAUGAAUCAUAUGCUGAAAAAAAUCAUUACCACCCCGCACACCGAUGCAGGUGCUGCGGAGGCUUCUUCCAAUGGGGAGGGGGCACACGACGUAGUGUUCGCGGGCAUUAACGU